ACGGGUUCCUCUAGGAAGCAGGAGGAGUGAAAGCUGAAUUUCUGGAAGGAGGCCUACGGGAGCCGGGAAGAUGGAUGUGAAAAAGCACUGCCUGGGUGAUACAUGCGCGCGGCAAGCGCGACAGUGAAGGGUCGGCUCCAGUGCGCAAGCGCCGAGGCCUGCUGGGCACGGCGUUUCUCUUCUGUAUUUAUUUAUUUGGCUGUGCCAGGUCUUAGUUGCAGCACACAGAAUCUUCGUUGCGACUUUCGGGAUCUAGUUCCCUGACAAGGGAUCGGACCUGGACCAUCUGCAUUGGGAGCGUGGAGUCUUAACUGCUGGACCACCAGGGAAGUCCCACACACAUUGAUUUAGACCACCCACUUCUGCCAUCUUUGCACUGCAGCCAAAGUGAUCUUUAUAAGGGAGAAACUUGAUAUGCCCAAGAAUAAAACCAACUUGAAGAAUGAUAUGAACUGUUUAGAGGUGCUUUCCAAACCUCGUUCCGGAUUUGGGGUCUGAAGAUGCAAAGGAAAUGGCUUUUACCACAUUUCACUUCAGAUGAUGCGAUCGAGGCUGGAUGUUUCCUCUGCCCUGUUAGCUACUGUACUGGCUGAGUUCUGCAAGCUUCCUUGCUAGGAGAAAGAGCUGAUGGGAAGAAGAAUGUGAAUGUGACAGUAAAAACCUCUGAGCUUUCCUGAGAAGGGUGCCACGUAAUCACAAGGUGUUACUAUCACCAUUUCUGUUAGAAAUGAAAUGAACUUAAGAUGGAGUACUGUUCUUAAAAGACUUCCAGGCACAGGGAAGGUAUGUUCAUUCAGACACAUUAGAAAAUUCAGAUUAAAAGCAAGAGGAAAACUGGCCAAAAAAAAAAGGAAAAUGUUUUAUAUGUACAUGCAUUAAAACGAUCUAAAAGAAUGUACUCUUCAUGGAACCUCUCUGCGAAAUGAGACUCGAGACAAGGAGGGGAGGAGGCUGGAGAAGAAAAAAAGAAAACUGACUUGACAGAAGAGAGGUUAGAUAGCCUCCCUCACCUCUGAAACCACCAGGAAGAAUACCUGGAGAGGACUUGUUCCACCUAAUUGGUUGGGUUGGAAGAACUUCUACAGAGAGACAUUCACCAGGAUACUAAAGAGGGUCAACUGAGCAUGAUUUUGGCAUGAUUAUUUCAACCAAUCAAUACUCUGAGAACAACCCUUCUAAAUCAUGAGGAGACAUAACCUGGACAGUUUAAGACGGUGCAGCCUUGCUACAUGUUGUAAGAAAUGGCUGUAGGAAACAACACUCAACGAAGUUAUUCCAUCAUCCCGUGUUUUAUAUUUGUUGAGCUUGUCAUCAUGGCUGGGACAGUGCUGCUUGCCUACUACUUCGAAUGCACUGACACUUUUCAGGUGCAUAUCCAAGGAUUCUUCUGUCAGGACGGAGACUUAAUGAAGCCUUACCCGGGGACAGAGGAAGAAAGCUUCAUCACCCCCCUGGUGCUCUAUUGUGUGCUGGCUGCCACCCCAACUGCUAUUAUUUUUAUUGGUGAGAUAUCCAUGUAUUUCAUAAAGUCAACCAGAGAAUCUCUGAUUGCCCAGGAGAAAACAAUUCUGACCGGAGAAUGCUGUUACCUGAAUCCCUUACUCCGAAGGAUCGUAAGAUUCAUAGGGGUAUUUGCUUUUGGACUUUUUGCUACUGAUAUUUUUGUAAACGCCGGACAAGUGGUCACGGGGCACCUGACGCCGUACUUCCUGACAGUGUGCAAGCCCAACUACACCAGCGCAGACUGCCGGGCUCACCACCAGUUCAUCAACAACGGGAACAUCUGUACUGGGGACCUGGAAGUGAUAGAGAAGGCUAGGAGGUCCUUUCCCUCCAAACAUGCUGCUCUGAGCAUUUACUCCGCCUUAUACGCCACGAUGUACAUCACAAGCACAAUCAAGACGAAAAGCAGUCGACUGGCCAAGCCGGUGCUGUGCCUCGGGACCCUCUGCACAGCCUUCCUGAUGGGCCUCAACCGGGUCUCCGAGUAUCGGAACCACUGCUCCGAUGUGAUCGCGGGCUUCAUCCUGGGCACUGCUGUAGCCCUGUUUCUGGGAAUGUGUGUGGUCCAUAACUUUAAAGGAACACAAGGAUCUCCUUCCAAACCCAAACCCGAGGACCCCCGUGGAGUACCCCUAAUGGCUUUCCCAAGGAUAGAAAGCCCUCUGGAAACCUUAAGUGCACAGAAUCACUCUGCCUCUAUGACCGAAGUUACCUGAAACGGCUGACGUGUCACAAGCUGCUUUUUUUUUUUUUAAAUCACCCUCCAAUUCGAUACUUCAAGGCACACAGUUACUUGAUGUCAAACUGUGAAGACAAGUAUUAUGUUUAUCUAGUUAGAGGCUAAUGUUUUGUACAUUUUUUGUAUGAGGAAGUGAUGUAGCUUGCCCUGAUUUUUUUUUUUUUUAGUCAGCUUUAAUAUAUUUAUGCCAGAAUUUUAAACAAAAUUUUCUUCUUCAGGUGUGCAUUGAAGAACCACAUUUAUUCAAUGGUUGAUGUUGUUUUGUGAUAUUUGUACACAAACCUUCUUUUCUCAGUUUUAUAGACACUGAAAUGAAAUAAUUCACUUUAAUCUUUUAUUAUCACAGUUGCUGCCUCCUCCAGAAUUUUUGAAUUUAAAAAUAAACUUCUGAGUUGCAGGGAAGACAAUGUUGGUUUAUGGUAAACCGCAAGAUCAAUUGUGUAGAAAGAAGUAUUGCUUUGAAAAAGAACUUUUUCUGAUUCCUUAACAUGUGAUUGCAUUCUAAGUUAAAGUAACAUAUUAAUAAAAUCACCUAAGUUACAUAAACAAUGGCAGGAAAUCCUGGAUUUGAGGACUGUUGGGUAUGAUUCUUAGGUAAUGGCCUCUCCUGGUUAAGAAAUUCAAGAUCUUUCUGCAAUUAUGUCUUUGGGCUGGCAGGUGACACUGCAGCCUUCUUUCCCAAAACACUGCCAGUACCAGCGUCCCCUGUCAACUCAGUUUUCUAGAUCAUAUUGUAUGGACUUUAUAUGAAAAUGAGUAUUUUACAGUUUGCACAGUAUUAUUUUGCAGAAAGGGUAUCAGAGCAUCUACAACCUAGAGCCCCAGAGCAACAGCUUGACUUUGCGGCUUUUAAUUGUUCUAGAAUUUUAACUGCAUCACAUUUUUCUAGCAUGGUAAUAACUAAUGUGUAACUUCCUUGAGAGCGGGCGCUCCCUUGUCUGUAUCUAUCAGAAUGUUUUCUCGACACUUCCACGUUGGUUCUUCUUAGCUUUUUUUGUACAUAUUUUUUUUCUAAAGAAAAAAGUUAUCACAAAA